UGUGAUUUCGGAUCAGGAGUUGCUCCACUCACAUCGGGCGAGUCUGUUUACGGUGUUUGCCGCUUGUUUCAACCUACAGAUGCGUAUAUUCUUGUGGAUGCAACAAUUAGUGGAUUAAAACAGAACCAAAGUGUUAACUUGGCCAUUCAUAAAUGUGGUGACCUCUCAUCAAGCAGUUAUUCUUGUGGUGAUAUUUUCACCAAUGAAUUCACCAAUGGCAAUCUGGGAAACAUCGUAGCAGACGACGAAGGCCGAGCAAAUCUGAUAGUGGAAAAGUCGGGUCUUAAACUUCACGACUUGAUUGGACGAUCCGUUGUUCUGCACGAUACUUUGACUGAGUCCAGAUUGGCUAGUGGUGUAAUCGCAAGAUCAGCCAUUUUGUCUCAGAACAGAAAGAAAGUUUGUGCUUGCUCCGGAAAAACAUUAUGGGAAGAACGAGUUGACAGUCCUUUCGCUUGA